AUGGAGGGUUCUAUCAGUCAUGAUGGAGAUAUGUUCAAGCUAACUCCUGAUAAUUAUACUUAUUGGAAGCCGAUGAUGGAAGACCACUUAUAUUACAAAGAUCUGCAUGAGCCAAUUUCCGAAAAGGAUAAGCCAACGGAGAAGAAAGAAAAUGAAUGGGAGCUCCAAAAUCAUAAGGUAAUUGCCAUGAUUAGAAAAUACAUAGAUAAAAGUCUAUUCGAGCAUGUAUCAACUUAUACCAACGUGUAUGAGUUAUGGACCAAACUUGAAUCCUUGAUUCAAAAGAGGACGCCAAGAAACAAAUAUCACCUUGUCAGACGACUGUUGAAAUUGGAUUACUCAGAUGGCCAAAAUAUGAUCGAGCAUUUGAAUACCUUCAAAGGUAUUGUGAAUCAACUGACGAAAGCUGACAUGAAGAUAGAUGAUGAGUUACAAACUCUUCUACUCCUAAGUUCUCUACCUAGGAGUUUGGACAGUACUCUAGUUGUCACUCCUAGUAACUUUGCUCCAGAUGGAAAACUUGCCAUGUAUUCUGUUACAGAUUCCUUGCUAAAUAAAGAGUCAAGACAAAGGGAAAGAGGCUUCAACAACCAGUUCGAAGCUAAUAUUCUUGAAGAGAGAUCAACAGACUGGAACAAUCAUCCCGAUUUGAUAAACCCAAAGAAGAACAAGGAAGAUGGAACCACAACUGCAGUAUACUUGAAUGACGAGAAUCUUUUCCUUAUUGGAGAUGACAAUUAUCUAAAUGUUGCAUUCGAUGAUUGCACUUGGAUAAUUGACACAAGAGCAUCUUUCCACGUUACACCUCAUGAAGAAUUAUUCUCAUCAUACCAAAGAGGAGAUUUUGGUAUGGUGAAGAUGGGAAACCAUGUCACAAGCAAGAUUGUUGGUAUUGGUGAUGUGACUAUGAUCACAGAGAAUGGCAAUAAGCUCGUGUUGAAGGAAUCAAGUAAAUCAUUCAAAAUUCCCUUCUUUUCUCAUCAUCACCAUGUCCUCAAACCCCUUCACCUUCUUUCCCCACUUCGUCUUCUUCACACCCAUCACUUAAAACCUCUAUCUCCCAAUAUCCAUGCAUUGAAGGAUAAUAACGAACAUAAUAACAAUACAAUGAUGUGGAAUUUGAUCAUAAAGUCCCAUGUUGAUAUGGGACUAUUUCAUUCAGCUUUCUCAUUCUACAAACAAAUGAGACUAAUGGGUGUUCCACAUGAUACUUUUACUUUUCCAAUUAUUAACCGGGCUUUAUCGUCUUUAAAGACUGAUUCUUUGUGUGGAAAGAUGAUCCAUUGUGUGGCAAUUCAAAUGGGUUUGGAUUUGGAUUUGUAUUUUUGCAAUACCAUGAUUGAUGUUUAUGUCAAAUGUGGCUGCUUUGAUUAUGGGCGCCACUUGUUUGAUUUAAUGUCUCACAGAGAUGUGGUUUCGUGGACUUUGAUGAUUGAUGGGUAUGUUUCUGUGAGACGUGUUAGUGUUGCGUUUGAUUUGUUCAAUAGGAUGAAAAUGGAGAUCGAACCAAAUUCAGUUACUCUUAUUGUAAUGUUGCAGGCGUGUUGUGCGUCUGUGACAUUGAAUGAGGGAACUCAAAUUCAUGGGCAUGUAGUGAAAAGUGGGUUACUGAUGGACUGGUCUUUGAAAAAUUCAGUUUUGAAAAUGUAUUCUUGUAAAGGAAGUGCUGAAGAAGUGGAACUUUUGUUUAGUGAGAUAAACCGAAGGGAUGUGGCUUCCUGGAAUAUUUUGAUUUCGUUUUAUUCGUCAAAAGGGGACAUGAUGAGAAUUGGUUGUUUGUUCAACGAAAUGCGGAGGCUAGAACUGUGCUUGUGGAACAUUGAGACUUUGACGUUAGUUGUAUCGGCAUUUGCAAAGUCUGGUAGUCUCUUUGAGGGUGAAGGUAUGCAUUGCUUAGUGAUAAAAACAGGUUUUCUCGACGAUGUUUUGCUGACUUCUCUGCUUGAUUUCUAUUCUAAGUGUGGGAAAUUGGAAAUAUCAGUUCAACUGUUUAAGGAAAUUCGUUUUAAAAGUAACAUCACUUGGGGUGCUAUGAUGUCAGGUUUCAUUCAAAAUGGUUAUUUUAUAGAUGCCAUUUUUCUAUUCCAACAAAUGCAGACUGAUGAUCUUGUUAUUAUUGCUCCUGAAAUUUGGAGAAAUCUACUUGAUGCAUAUGCAAACCUAGGAGCUUUGAAAUUGGGAAAAGUGGUCCAUGGUUACCUUAUAAAACAAUAUUUUGAUGAAUCUUUUCAGAGUAAUACACACUUGGAUACCUCUAUCUUAAACUUGUACUUACGAGGCGGUAGCAUCUCUUUAGCUAGAGUAGUUUUUGAUAGGAUUCUUGUCAAAGAUGUUGUAGCAUGGACAACAAUGAUUGAGGGACUUGGUUCUCACGGUUUCGGUUAUGAAGCCGUGAAUUAUUUUAAUUUAAUGAUUCAACAAAGAGUUCAGCCGAAUUCCAUCACCUUCUUGAGCUUACUGUCUGCUUGCAGUCACUCUGGCCUUGUUAGUGAAGGCUGCAAAAUUUAUCGUACUAUGAAAUGGGGUUAUGGUAUUGAACCGGGUUUGGAUCACCAUACAUGUAUCGUUGAUCUUUUUGGUCGUUGCGGGAUGCUUAAAGAGGCGUUAGUCGUAAUAUUGAAAAUGAAAAUUCUACCUGAUAGUAGGAUUUGGGGUGCUCUUUUAGCAGCUUCUAGAGUUUAUGGAAAUAAAAUGAUUGGUGAAUAUGCAGCGCAAAGAGUUUUGGAGUUAGAAUCUGAUAAUGCUGGAUAUUAUACUCUACUGAGUAAUGUUAAAGCAAGUGUUGGAAGAUGGAAUGAAGUUGAAGAAUUGAGGAGAGUUAUGAGUGAAAAGAAACUUAAGAAGAAACCGGCAUGGAGUUGUAUUGAAGUAAAAGGGGUUAUUCAAGGAUUUGUAUCUGGAGAUAUUUCACACUCUGAAGCAGAUGAAAUUUGUAAGAUGUUGUGUAGAUUGAGUAGAGCAACAUAGUUUUUCAGGGGAAAAUUUUACUCGUUUGAGAUUGUUCAUUUGGUUUAUUUGAUGUGUAGUUUUGUAUACUUGGUUGUCUUGUUCUAAACAAAUUUGUCAUUCAUUGUUGCAAUAGAUUGGAAA